AUGUCUCCUCUUUCUCUCGAGACACCAAACAAUCAUCGAGAUGGUGAACAUGUCUUGCUGCCCCACUCCGCCAGUUAUAACCACCUUCCCGACCUCGUCGCUUCGGAAUCCGCGUCUCCCACUCUCCGGAGGACUUUCUCAGACCUGACCUACCCGAAGGAUUCCACAUCCCUGUCCAAGGAGGAUGUCGCAGCGGGCAAAGACAUCCUAAGGCGAACCUCACUCCGGAACAAGGACAAAUCGACCAUUACGGUCUCUCGAUUUAGUGUUUCUACCGAAGAUGUGACCGAUCCUGCCAGCACGGAGCUCUCCGGAGCUCCCGCGAAAGCCCCAGAGACGACGAAAGUCCCGGAAACAAGGGCUCCAGAGCCUGUGGCGCGCCCCUCUAAAGCCCGCUCCAUGUCCGGAAGAUUGGUCAACCUCGCCCGCAAACCGUGGAAGUCAAGCUCUCCUAGUAGAUCUCCCUCUCCGCCCGCUAAGGGCUCGAGGGGGCGGACAUUGCGUGCGGAGGAGCAAUCCCUGUCAAGCUCGCCAGCGUCGCAAUCCAAGGGUCUCACUCCGCUGGACACAGUAACAGAGUCCGAUCCCGCUGUCCCUACGCGCAGGCGAACAAUCCUGAACAAACGACCUCGGCUGCCGAUGGUAGCGGUUGUAACACAAAGCCAAGCGGAUAGUCCCACGACCCCCAAUAGUAACACUCCGUCACCUUUCACGCUAACGGCUAAGAACUCGUUGGAAAAGCUUACAUCGUCGCUCAAUGUGACAACUCCGGUCCUUCCCCCAAUGCCCAAGACAGCGGUUGCUUCUGCCGGCAUAGACUUCGCGCGCAAGAAGGAUGAACUCUGGGUGAGUGUUGGUGGGAUGCUGGUCAAGUGGAAACUCGCGCAGAUCCAGGCGACUAACUAUUUCAGAUUUCAAUCUAAGUCCAGUGCUUUGAAGGCCAACGUCAUCCGCUCUUCACUUCUACCUUUCCUCAAUCGUAAUCAUUCUCACCCGUCUUUUAAGUCAUUGAGGCCGGAAGACCUGGAUCGUCGAGUUAAUAUCCUCAACAAGUGGUGGAUAGGAUUGUUGGAGAUGCUCAAUGGGAAACAUAAUCAAUCGAUAUCCGGCACUGACAGGCCGGUGUAUCUAGAAGCUGUUGUCGGGAUCAUGACUCGGCCUGAAUGGAGGAUCCCCUUUCCAUCGCCGCCAUCUGAUGGGAAUUCACCGAAGCCUCUACAGCAUGCUUCAACCUCGAUCUCGGAGAGUUCGGAGGGCUCGUCUGGAAGUUCAGAUUUUCUCGUCGAAUCGAUUCAUCACAACAUAAGGAACAUUUUCACGCAAAAUUUGCUAUCUCAAAUGGCUUUCGUGGUAGAGCGGAUGUCCAUGAGACACGCUCCGGCUAGCUUGGUGGCCUUUUGCGGAAAAGCUUGUGCCUACGCGUUUUUCUUUUGCCCUGGAGUGGCAGACAUUCUUGUUCGGCUGUGGAACACGCCGCCUAAUAUCUUCCGACGGGUUCUCACCCAGUCGAAUGUAGAUGGCAGUGGCAAUGCGCGCGCAUUCACACAGGACCUGGCCCUAAACUUCCCGGCGGCUCUUCGCUCGUUAUCCUUCCAUGGCCACACGCCAUUAGUUCGCUAUCUCCGCCGAAAGCCCGAUGUUCCUUUAAGCACGGCUCAGAUUCGGUGGCAGAGCCCUUGGGUUUCACGGUGGGGUGGCCGUGAUAGCGACUUGUUUUUUGUAUUUGUUAAAUAUAUACACAUCCUGUACGCUGAUGCGUUGCCUGCAGAAAUCGAUAAAGACAAGCGUGUCUUGGCGCCAGGCUUAUUGCCAAUACACGCACAACUUCUUGUCGUUCUGGAGGACACACUUUAUAAACAGUCAGUCCCCCAGGCGCCUACAAACUCACACACUGCUGCCGCAAUCACAUUCGACGAUUUCAUCGAAGGCGCUGAUGCUUCGGUCUCGGCUCUUCCUUUGGGAGCUGCGAAUAGCCAUCGAUCGAUGGCCGAAAACCGUCUAAUCAUAUUGUUACGCGACUUUCUCUCUGAAUCUUCCGUUGAGCCAAACCAUGCCCGUCUGUUAUAUGCCGAGUCUUUUGCUAUGGUUAUGAAAACUGCCGCUGGAAAGACCUCGCUGUUCGAUCAUAAUGCCUGCUUUUUACUUUGUGACUUCGUUGAAGAAGUCAUUCCCAUAAUAACACGAUAUUCCCAGCCGGUCAAGUCGGACUUGUUUGACUGGAAAUUCUGGCUCGAAGUUUGCGAUCGGAUGAUGCAAAGCCAUAACUCUCUCACUGAGGUUCGUGUGUUUUCCUUUCUCUUCUGUAUUUGGAGCACAUGGACCGCUUCGGAAGAGAGGAAGGCAGACCUCUGCCUAGGGUUCCUUUUGAAAGAGUCGUUAUUUUACCAUUACUUCUGUCACUGGAGUCCUAUGGUUCGUGCCUACUUUCAUCGUCUUCUUUGUUGGAGAUUGGGUAGAUUUAACGGAGACCCGUCACCACUCGACUCAACAAUCUAUGAAGUGCUUGGGAGCCGAUUACAAAGUCUUUGGGAAUAUUACCUGACAUUUCAAGCAAAAGCUGAAAAGGAACUUACGGUACCGCUAUCUUCAGCGCCCUGUACGCCAGCACCCGGGCGCAGAAUCAUCAUCAUCCGGUGUGACAACCAUUUCACUCCACCUAGUCUUUUUGUCUCAUUCGACCGCGUCAUCCCUGCGGCACCCUCCGAGCAAAGCGCAGCCUCUAUAAGUGGCAGCUCCGCAAAAACAGAGUCUACAUCUGAUACGCAGCCGCCUAAAAAGAGAUGGAAUCUCUUGAAAGCCAUGUUCGGUAGCUCUUCCUCGAAAUCCAAUGGCGAGGCAUCGCCUGCAAGUAGCUCGGAGGAGUCAUUAGACAUAAAUGGGUCUGAUAGCGCUGCAUCUGCCGACAAACGCAUGGAUGAGAUUUCCCGGUCAAAUAAUAGUUCUGGAGAACUCUCCCGACCCAAGACAGCACACCAGCCUUACUCCUUCAAGUUCUCAUUGGAGUGGAUGGACCGGCCCCAAUGGCCCAGCAAAAACAAGCGCCUCUUCACUCCCUGUCUGCCUGUGGCAGCCCAGCUACACCUGCAGCUUCGUAGAUCUGCGGACGCAGACGACGAAUCUGAGAUAGAUUCCGAGGAAGAAGCUGGGAGCGAUGACGCCCGAGAGGGCUCACCAUCAGCCAAGGAGACAGAGACCUCAAAGAACACCAACACCGGCUCGGAAUCCGGGAAGGGUUCCAGUAAACCAGCCCCGGAGCCGGCAAUAAGCCACCCACUUGUUGCGAGCAAGUACGUGGGCCGCGCACUUGCCGAAUGGGCCCAAAUUGUCUCGGAAUGCGACAGUUUCUUCGCCCGGCGACGCGACGAGGGCGUACCCUGCGAUCGAAUGGUCGAAACCCCAACGCUGGGCGUUGAAAGCUUCAGAAAAUGA